AUGGACUACGAUGUACCGCAGACGAGACAGUCGUCGAUCGUUGUUGCCGUUCGAGUACGGCCAUUUACGACGCAGGAGCAGGCACAUCUGAUAAGCGAGCAAAGCGGAGCUUUGGGAAAACUGCAGCUGGGAGAUGCAAGUCUGGUGCUGCCGGGGGCAGAAAACUCAACGCCCACGAAAAAUACAAACGCACUGCCAGGCGGAUCGGGCCGUUUUAAGCCACAGGGUCUGCGACAAAUCGUGGACUGUGUGGACGACAAAAUGCUGAUUUUUGACCCGGCAGAGAACAACCCGCUGCGUAAGAUCAGCGAAACGGUGCUGAACGCAAUAGCUGCGCCGGCUGGAAGCCGUCGCAGCGGAGAACACAAGUUUGUUUUCGACCGGGUCUUCAGAAUGGAUUCCAGCCAGCUGGAUGUGUAUGAGGCGACCACCAGGCCGUUGCUGGACUCUGUCCUAGACGGAUUCAACGGCACGGUGUUUGCGUACGGCGCAACCGGGUGUGGGAAGACCUAUACGGUCAGCGGCCCGCCCGAAAAUCCAGGCAUCAUUUAUCUUACCAUGCAGGAGCUUUUCGGCAAAAUCGACCAGCUCCGCGAUACCAAACGCUUUGAGCUCACGCUCUCAUAUUUGGAAAUUUACAACGAAAGCAUACGUGAUCUGCUGGAGCCAGAAACGUCAAGCAAAAAACUCGUGUUACGCGAAGAUACAGACCGCCACAUCACGGUGGCCAAUUUGUCACAUCACGCGUUGAAAACGGUCGAAGAUGUUAUGGACCUGGUCGUCAAGGGUAAUACCAACAGAACCACAUCCGCCACUGACGCCAACGAAACUUCUUCACGCUCUCAUGCGGUCUUGCAGAUUCAUAUCACCCAAAGAAACCGUACCGCAGAGCUCAAAGAAGAUCAGAAGUUUGCCACGUUGUCGCUGAUAGAUUUGGCCGGCAGUGAAAGGGCGUCAGCCACGAAAAAUAGAGGCGAACGGUUGCAUGAAGGCGCAAACAUAAAUAGGUCACUCUUGGCCUUGGGAAAUUGCAUAAACGCACUUUGUGUGAAUGGUAAAAAAGGCGCGUCUUGUCACGUCCCUUAUAGAGACUCGAAACUCACAAGGCUACUCAAAUUUUCGCUCGGCGGUAAUUGUAAAACCGUUAUGAUCGUAUGCAUUUCGCCCGGAAGUAAUCAUUACGACGAGUCACUAAACACAUUGAAAUACGCAACGCGCGCCAAAGAAAUCAAAACCAAGCUGAUACGAAACAGGCACUCUUUAGAUCGACAUGUUGGAUCUUACCUCAAAAUGAUAACAGAACAAAGACAAGAAAUUGAAGAGUUACGCACCCGAGAACGCAAAAUUAUUGAUUUGCAAAUAAGCAAAUAUAAGAUCUCACGCGAAAGGGUACGCAUGGCUGUUUGGGAUAGUAUUCAAGCCUUGCGGAACAAUUACAAGAAUUCCGGAAAAUUUCAGCAUCUUAAGAUGAUUAAAGCAUUGAUAUUGUGCAAAAGGCGAUUUUUGCAGAUGGUUGGAGUUGAACUCGCCACUUUGUUGAAAUUCGUAGAUCUGGGCAGCCAGCUGCACGACGACGGUUCUGCUCUUGACGAGCAACUAAAUGCUAAAGUUAAAGAUUUGGAGCAAAGGUUUGAUACGCCGGAUGAAUUGGACUUGUCUUUGGAGCAUACGAGAGAGGUGGACUUGCAAAGAUUGCGAGAAAUGGAAAAUUGGCAAGAGGAUUCGGAUCUGGUUUGGUACGACUCGCUUUUAAGCUCGGUUUCUGAGUCUGUGCGAAAUGAAAUUCUUGUUUGUUCCUCCAUGGUUAUGGAAAAGUUCAUGGGAGAUAGCGUGCUGGUAGACAGGAUUAAGUUUAUCUCGCAGACACUUCUGAGACUUCUCAUUGAAAAUGAUUUGGAAGAUCCGAUCAAUACUUCGGUGCUGCUGCAAGCACUGCACCAGCAAAUGAGAAGUCUUGUUCACAUCGACCAAGAAUUUGAAGCAUUUGCGGCAACCAUCCAGGAUAAUGGGUCUUCCACGGCGUCAACUGGUGUGGAUCCUGCCGACUGGACUCGGGACUGGAAUGUGCGUAGGACGUCUGCAACACAGCUUCACAGAAAGCAUGCAACGGCCAAGGUUACGAAAUCUAGUAGCGGGACGCCGUCGCCAGUCCAGCGGUCGCGGCCCACUCCAGGUAUAAACAGUAACAAGAGUGCCAAGAAGGUCAGGUGGUCUGAAGUUUUACCUGGCAACGAUUCCACAUCGAUGAUGUUGGACGACGACGACCAGGAACCUGCUGGAACGAGUGCAAAUGCGAUGGUGUGGCCGCCGUUUGAAGAGGACGUUAGCAUGCAAGAUAUCCCGGACGCCAAUUCGUUGGCGCAAGGUGAGAAAGCUACUGAGGAGGCCGGCACGCCUAGUGUUCGCAAGAUGUCGUUGACCACUACUGCAUUGGUGAGAGGAAGAUGA